AUGUGUACACUAAAUAGAAAACAAGCCUCUUCAUCAUUUGAGAAAGAUUUCUGGAAAUUGAUGGUAAAUUCAUUGUAUGGUAAAAGUAUUGAGGAUAAACGAAAACACUCUAAAGUCAAAGUGGUUACAAAUGGUGAACAAGCUCUUAAACUAAUCAGACAACCAAUGUUUGAACAUUUUUAUAUUCUUGAUAAUGAUUUGGCUAUUAUUAAGAUGCGUAAAUUUGAAGUUAAAUUGGAUAAACCGAUUUACCUUGGUUUUACUGUAUUGGAAUUAUCAAAGCUUAGAAUGUAUGAGCUUCACUAUGAUUACUUUUAUCCUCGUUAUGGUUAUAAAUUGAAGUUAGUAUACACUGAUACUGAUAGUUUCAUUUAUCAUAUUCAGACUGAUGAUUUUUAUGAAGAUCUAAAGUCAAUGGGACCAAUCAUGGACUUUUCCGAUUACCCUCAAACUCAUUUUCUGUAUGAUCCAAUAAACAAAAAGAAACUUGGAGUCUUGAAAGAUGAAAUGAAUGGUCAAGUAAUUGACGAAGUUGUUGCCAUUAAAUCAAAACUUUAUGGAAUAAAAUAUGGAUCAAAAACUAAAAAGACGGCCAAGGGAACUCAAAAAGCAACAGUUCGUGAUGAAAUUUGUAUAGAUGAUUACAAGACCUGUUUAUACGACAGUAUUUUAUUUAGACAUGAUAAUCAUAGAUUACAAUCUAGACACCAUGAAAUCUCUGGAAUUAAAACAAACAAAAUAUCUUUAUCACCAUUAGAUUACAAGAGAUUCAUUCGUGAAGAUGGAAUAUCAACAUAUGCUUUUGGACAUUAUAAAAUUGUUUAA